AUGUUAUCUGAGGAAGAUGAUGACUGCUGGGUUGCUACUAGAGCUGAAUUGGAUUCUGAUGGUAUCGCAAUUACUUGGGCUAUAUUCAAGAGGGAGUUUCUACGGAAAUACUUUCCUGAAUAUGUUCGGGGAAGAAAAGAAAUUGAGUUUUUGGAGUUGAAAUGGGGUAGUAUGACGGAGCCGGAGUAUGCUUCCAAAUUUGUUGAGUUGGCUAAGUAUUACGUGCACUACAACAAUGAUGCAGCUGGUGAGUUCUCAAAGUGUAUCAAAUUUGAGAAUGACCUUCGUGACGAGAUCAAGCAAGGCAUCAGAAUAUUUGAGGAGGUUAACCUUAGGCUGAAGUCAUCUCACUCCCACGAGUUGGUUAAUAAAAAGGGUAAGAAGCCUAUGUAUCGAGGUAAGCCAUAUGGUAAAGGAAAUUCAAAAGCUGAUAAUGGGAAAAGGCCUAGUGGGGGAGAUUCUGGAACUUUUGUUAGAUGUUAUAACUGUGGCGAAGUCAGACAUUGUAGGAAUGAGUGUAGGGCUAAACAGAAAACGUGCUUCAAUUGUGGUAAAGUGGGUCAUGUUGCUGUUGUCUGUUCAGUGAUUACUUCAUCUACAUGUUUGAGCGGUCCUAUUGACAUACUUGAGGUUAGUGUCGAGGACUUAGCGAUGACUGCGACACAGGUGAGUGAGGCGGUUAAAGACUAG